CAUUGUUUUAGGAACAGAGGGAGUAUAUUACUAUAAAACUGCCACAAGAUGCAAAAAGUGAAAAAAUAAAAAGAUUUGUGUAACCCUUUUAAGAGUUUAUUCUGUUUUUGUUGGAUUUUUCUAUUCUAAAUGGGUUUUGUGGUGUAAGCAAAUUUUAUAAUCUAAUAAUUAUGCAACUUUAUUGACCAAAAUUUUAUCAUCAUAAUUGUAAAUCCAUGACAUUAACUAGACCCCAUUAAGAUAUUGUUUUGAAGUCUAAUCACGGCUAUAAAAAGAGCAUAAACGUUGCAAAAGCCAUAUGACGACAAAUAAAAUUAGUAAAUAAGUAUGUGAAAAACACUCAGAUCUGUUGACCGAAAACAAAAGAAACCUCAGAUCUUUGACCAAAUAAAUUAUCAUUGGUUGUUAUUAUUGAAUUUAUUUCAUUAUUUUUGCCAGACAAUGAAAGUGACUAUUCGAUUUAAUCCUAACAAAAUAAUUGUACGUCUCGACACAUCGACCCUCCAGAUUGUGGCAUAUAAUUUCAAUUUUUUCUUCAUCAGACGACACACUUUUAAUUAUUUAUACCUCUGUAUACAUGACUCUGUCUUAUCAAAAUUAAUAGUAAAUAUAUUAUCAAAAGAAUCUCUUCUUACAAUGUACUAGUAUGGAAACUUGUAGCAAACUUAGAGUAGAGAAUCAAACUGAUCUAAUCAUUUAAAAAAAAAAAUGCAUGAGAUCUACUACCUAGGAAUCAUGUUUAUGCCAACAUACAAGCAUAGCCACACACCUUCUCAUGAUAUCGAAGACGAGGAAGAAGAAGAAGGCACUGAGCAUUUGGUGGAUGAGCUUCGUAAGAAUGCAGGAGCUUUUGAGGAGGAAGCACUUGUUGAGAAGCUUCUAGAGAAUUUGGAUUUAGAUGAAGUUGAAGAAGAGGAACAUGACGCAGCUAAUGCAUCCUUUUUCGACAGCUUCCACUUCUCGUCCAUGUUUUGUGUUGCAGAAGAGAGAGAAAGAGAGAAUGAACUAGAGCUUCUGACUCAGAUGGAGGGUCUCUGGUUUUUUUGUUUUACUUUUAGUUUGAUUGUGAGUUUGUGGUGAUUGAGCUAGAAGGAGAGAUGGUGAUCUAGAGAGAGAUGGAGAGAGAGAGAAAGGAAAGCAAAGAGAGGGAUAGUUCUCUCUGCUUAUGUCUAUUAUAUAGUGAGUGCUUCCAAAAUAAUACAUAAGUGGAAAUGAUGAAGAACAGAAGAAGGCUAGAGAAUGAAUUAAAUAGUUAAAAUGGUACUAUUAACUA